AUGGCAUUAGAAAUAGAUAUAGAUAAUGUAAUAUCAAAACUAAUAGAAGUUCGAGGCACAAGACCAGGGAAAAAUGUUAACUUGACAGAAAAUGAGAUAAAAAUAUUAUGCCUUUCCAGCAGAGAAAUUUUUCUUAACCAACCUAUAUUAUUGGAAUUGGAGGCACCCAUAAAAAUAUGUGGAGACAUUCACGGCCAGUUUUAUGACUUGCUAAGGCUCUUCGAGUAUGGCGGCUUUCCGCCGGAUGCCAAUUAUUUGUUUUUGGGAGAUUACGUGGACAGGGGUAAACAAAGCCUAGAAACCAUUUGCUUACUGCUAGCGUACAAAAUAAAAUAUCCUGAGAAUUUUUUCCUCCUAAGAGGAAAUCACGAGUGUGCCUCGAUAAAUAGAAUAUACGGAUUUUACGAUGAGUGUAAACGAAGAUACAGUGUAAAAUUGUGGAAAACAUUUAUCGAUUGCUUCAACUGUCUCCCCGUUGCGGCAAUAAUUGACGAAAAAAUUUUUUGUAUGCAUGGCGGAUUGUCGCCUGAAUUAAAUAAUAUGGAACAGAUUAGGAAGAUAACCAGGCCAACGGAUGUCCCCGACAAUGGCCUCCUGUGUGAUUUAUUAUGGUCCGACCCGGAAAAGGAAAUAAACGGGUGGGGAGAAAACGACCGAGGAGUUUCCUUCACGUUUGGGCAGGAUGUAGUUCACAAUUUUUUAAGAAAGCAUGAGUUGGAUUUGAUAUGCAGAGCGCAUCAGGUGGUGGAAGAUGGCUACGAGUUUUUCGCGAAAAGACAGCUGGUUACGUUGUUUUCCGCUCCCAACUAUUGCGGAGAAUUUGAUAAUGCCGGUGCAAUGAUGAGUGUCGACGAGACGUUAAUGUGUUCAUUUCAAGUAGGGAAAAAAUUGAAAAAUAGAGAAUCGAAAUGA